GAACAUUGGUGAAGUCGAGCAGAUAGACACGCAUUUGUAGUACUCUUUUGAAAACAGUAGAUUACUCUGUUAUUUCAUAAGAACUGAUUAUUUGUUGUUUAUGUUGUGGAAUAAAAAUAAUCAACCAUGUUUUCUUGUGCUUCAAGCCGAUUGGCUUUGAUUUCACUAGGAUGUUUUUUUCUUUCAUGUGGAGCCCAAUUCCAAAACCAAAAUCUCCUAUACGGAAAACUUGAUGCCGAAAUAAAAGAGGAUCCUCUCCAGUGCUACGAUUGUAACUCUGAGUAUGAUCCGAGAUGUGGAGACCCUUUCAAUUCAUAUACGAUAGGAAUCAUCAAUUGCACGGAUAGGAAAACUCCCGAACAUUUGUUAAAUCCAGACAAUAUGUAUGCUGUAGUGAAACCCACGCUUUGCCGUAAAAUUGUUCAAACGGUUGAAGGAAAAGUCCGAGUGAUUCGCGGUUGUGGAUACAUAAGAGAUGAACACGAUGAUAAGAAGUGCUACAGGAGAACAGGAACAAAAAAUGUUGAAGUGUUUCAUUGUUCUUGUACGAAAUCCCUAUGCAAUACAGCCAAUCCGAUCCAAUCAUCUACUUCAGUGAUAAUAACUGUAAUUCUGGCAAUAACGAUGUCAUUUAGAGGUUAUCUUUUUGAUUGAUAUCUUUAAAGAAAUAGUGAAAUCCACACAUAUGUGGUAUUUACAAGAGUUCUUUGACUUUUGACCUCACAUAUUGAAAGAGUAAACAAGGAAGAUAUGUUUAAAAUAAUCUCUGUAAAGGUCUUUUUUUAAUUCGAGGUCUUUGAAGUCAAAAUUUGUACGGUAAAUAUUUUAUUACAAUUUGAGGAAGGAAUCAUUUGAGAUUUCGCAAGUUGAAUAAUGUAAAUGAAAGUUUUGAACGAUUGUUAUAGUAAAAAGUACAAACCACAUUGUGAUCCCGAUUGCUAUAAGCUUUUUAAAGAAAAGGUUGGUGUAUAAUGACAAAAAUACUACUUCACAUUAUUGUAUUCGUCUCAUUGCAUAUGUACACGUAUGUGUAUGUGCAUAUGUACAUGUAUGUACACGUAUGUGUACAUAUGCCAUGCAUUUCAAUCAAUAAUAUUUUCACAUUUUCGUACUUGAAAUACCCAAAAUUGUUAUGAAGAUAUAGUAAGGAUUGGAUACUAAAACACUUACAAUUCGCAAUUUUUCGGGGAUGUUUUUUCCGCUUUCACAGAACUACAACAGAUACACACAUAAUGAAAAAUGACCAAUUUUUAAACGUUCGCAUUCAUCAUACGAAGUAUAAUCAAAUGAUCAGGCUUACAAACAAUGUUCUCAUUACUUUGUCAACGUAUAUAACAUAUUUGAAUGGUUAAAAUACGUUGUGAAAGGUUUAAAAAAGCGAAAUGAGCGAAACAGAAAAUUUAAUCAAUAAUCAGAUCAAUAGAUUAGGUAUGCUAAUCUAAGAGUUGACAUUGGAAAACUACUAAUAUUAGAUGAGCUUUCAAUAAAUACGAUUUGAGAUUCAUCAACAGAGUAAACACAUCGUUUAAAGAUUUCCACCAAACGGACUCGCUUGCGACUAGUUUUGUUUUCAGAAACAAAAACAUGAAACUUAUUUUAGUUUCGAAACUUGAGUUCCACCGAACAGAUAAAAAUUAGGCUGAGUCGCGUGUUCUGUCGUUUCAACUACACGAUCAUUUUUCAUCAUGCCUUCACAAGUCGAUAUUUUUAUAACGGCCUUCGGUUUUUGAUGAUUGAAUAUUUUGAGCGAUCGGAUCAUUGUUAUGAAGACUAAUAGAUUAUGAAACCGAAUUAUGGCAGAUUUGAUAAAUGAUGACUUAGGAAUGAAUGGAGAACUGAUAUCAAAAUUUAUACACACCCCAGAUCAACACUUCAAAUAAUGUCACAUGAAGUCACAUAUUAAAACAAAAUACUAAACUGAAUAGUUGUUUGUUGUUGUCGCGAACAUUUCCACAUAGCGAACUCUGUUUAUAAAAACACAAACAAAACACCGAAACCUUUUGAUUUUUCCGCCUGCCGAUGGGUUAUUUCGUUGUUAACAAAAACAGUCGCCUGCGACACGAAGUUUUCAAAAAGUUUCUUGUUUUGACAACUCAAGUUUUUGUUUUGUCGAAUUCGACAGAGUUGUUUGGUUUGUUGUGGUUAUGUCCGUUUGAUAGAAAUACCUCUUGAGGUUUAUGAACAUGGUUUACGAAUUCUGUUUUGUUGAAGUUUCAUUUGAUUUAGAAAUACGUUCAUCUGGAUUGAAUAUUCGAGCUUAUUGUGAGUAAUUGGUGUUUUGAUAUGUCAUAUUACCUAUUUAGUAAACCAAAAUACAGGUAUAAUUGUAAAAAUAUAUCAUAAGACGUCAACACUAUCACUAUUCCAAUUUUGACAACAUUUAUAUUAUAUAUUCUGCUAUAUCUCCAUACAAAUAUUAUUACUGGACAAUAUCACAAGUGAAAAUGAAUACCAAAACUAUGAUAAUAUUCAUAAUAUGAGAAAAAAAAUGUGGGAGUCAAAAAACAUUCACUCAAUUGUAUUAUUCAAUCUGUUCCUUAUCUGAUUCAUAAAAUCGUGAAGGAUGAGUGGCAAAUGAUUUUCAACUUACGAGAAGAAAUAUACUUAUGAAUCGAAAUGUUUCUUUUAUGUGGCACAUGGUGAUCACAACAAAUUCUUAAGAAUCUGUAAACUUAUUCAUUCGUCUCUGGAUAAUUGAAAUGAAUAUUUACCAGUACUAAUAUAAUAUUGAUUUAUAAGAAUUACCUAAUGAAAUUUGUGAUAAUGGAUGAUGAUCUAUUAUCGUUAAAUGAGACUGCCGUCACAUAUGGAAUUGUGAAAUUUGUCAUUCAUUCCAUUUUAUUAUAUUUGUAUUGCAAAUUUCCAUUUUGAUGUGUCCUUAUCUGUUUCAUCAUUCCUUUCUUUGAUUAUUCAUAUCUCUUGCUCGAAGACAAAAUGUUUCACUAGAAAUUAGAAAAAUCCAACGUCAAAUUCUCAUGGAACUGUUGUGCGAAACUUCUAAUCAAAGAGUACAAAAACUGAUGUUUCUGUUAUACCUGGGGUCGCACUUCAACUCCCUUUAUUCAACCACACGAAACCCGACCUCAUUACAAUCUAGAUUCCCAUUUUCAACAAAAAAACCCUAAUUUAAAAUUUUCAUGCUCACCAAACCUACAAACCACCCUUCUCAAAACCCAAAAUCACAAUACAUCAACCCACGAUUUCUGAAUUUACACACUCUCAAGUUAUUCCCUCCGCCUGAGAACCCCAUGACUGUAAAUCCGACUAAUUCAAAUCCAGGAAAACUCAAGAGUCAUAGUUUAAACUUGGAUAUUCCAAAUUCACAAGGACCUAACUUAUAAUACCCCAACUAAAAAUGCCCAAACUCGUAAACCUAAACCACAAAUCCCAAACCCAUAAGCUCCAAAUCAAUAUGAUUUGGAUGGUCGAUUUUUGAAAUUAUAUGUGAAUAUGUAUAUUCCAACAUUUUUCAUAAACAUCAAUAGUUUUGUGAAAAAUAAUUGAAUUGUGAGCUAGUUUCUCUUGAAAUAUUUGAAUUUUAUCAGUAUUUGUAAUCAUUAUUCAUCUAUUUCCUCCAUAAAAUCAUUUCAAAACAUUUGUCCAUUUUUAAUGAAAGUAUGUUGUACACUAAUAAUAUUUAAACAUAUCCAUAACAUUAAUUUAAUGAGUGUUUUUAAAUUUUAUAGGCAUUUUACAAAUUAUUGUAUAAUAAAAUGGAACAAAAGGUGUAA